CAAUUGACAACGCUGUUUGUUUGUUUAGAACUUUUAGGACGAGUUUUAAUUCAGAAAAAUUCAGACUUUUCCUAUUUGUAUUCCAUAUUCUAAAAUGCGAAAGGAUAAAGAAAAAUUUGAUCACGGGCAUGAAGUUAGCACAGCUCGUGGACGACUAGAAGGGGCAUUGCAAAUUUUGAUUGAAAAAACUGAAUCUGAAGAUAGUGACGAAUCAGAUGUAGAUGUAACCGAUCUUAUUCACGAAGGCCGAAGUCAAUCAGCAUCUCCUAGGAAGUCAGGAACAACUAAAACCCCCUUAAGAAAAAGGCGGCGUCUCAAUGUGGAUAAACACUACAAAAAUGACCAAAACUCUUAUGUGCUUAAGCUAUAUGAUCGAAGUGUUGACCUUGCAAAAUUCUCUCCUCAAACACCUCUAUACCCUGUUUGCCGGGCCUGGAUUAAGAAUCAACCUAACAACCAACAUCUCAUUGCCACCAGCGCCAACUCUCCAAAGAAAGUGGAAGAAAAAGGAAUUGAUGUUAAAGAGGAUAUUCUGAAAACUGAAGAAACCAGUGAAGCUUUUGUAAAUAGCUUACCAAUACCAGAACCAAUGCCUCUGAAUAAAGGGGGGGAAAUAAUUGAUACAAGGAUUCCCAUUGAUCUGAAGCCAACUGAAAAGUCAAAAUCUCUUGAUUUUCUUUUAAAUUUGCAUGAUGACGCUGCAGUACCAUCAGUAUCGUCAUUAUUGCAGGAGCAUUGUUCCCAUUGGGGUCGGGUACGCGAGCAAUGGCGACGUGCAGCUAACGUUAACGAAGUUCGUUAUGCCGAAAGCACCAAAAUUCUCAAGAAUAUUUUAGUUCGUCCAUAAAUUCGAAAACACGUUUUUCUUUACAAAUUUUGACAAACCCCAAGUUUAUCAGCCUUUGCCUUGUGCGACGUAUGGUACAAUAUAAGUUCAUUACAGAGAUA